UUUUAAAAUUUUAGGGCAUGGGGAGCUCAUCGCGUGGCGCUUGUUCUUCGUCCUCAGCGGUGCGCUACCUGGGUGUCGUCGUCGCCAGCGUCUUGUGCACGAGAUUGUUCUUGUUCGAGGCUCGCGAUCGCUGCGGGACGAGCAGUGACGUAAGAAGGAAGAAUGUAGGCGAAUUUGAGUGGCCGGAGCUCGGCUAUGGAUCGCAUCUGGCUCUACGCAUCUAUGUCUACCAGGAAUCGGAAGUUCCAGGGCUGAAAGAACUCCUUUCCGGCCGUGACAACAAGAUUUCUCCGGAAGAUUGUCUCAAAGGUCAAUAUGGAACACAGGUGAAAAUCCACAAGCUUUUGCUGGAGUCGAGGUAUAGGACUCUCGACAAAGACGACGCCGAUUUUUUCUUUGUUCCUACGUAUGUGAAGUGCGUGCGAAUGAAGGGUGGUUUGAGUGACAAAGAGAUUGAUUCCAAGUUCAUACAGAUUGUUACUCAAAUGCCAUACUUUCGCCGCUCCGGUGGUCGGGAUCACGUCUUUGUAUUUCCCAGUGGAAUUGGAGCUCACAUUUUCAAGCACUGGCCAGUCUACCUGAAUCGAUCUAUCUUUCUCACUCCAGAAGGUGAUAGAACGGAUAAGCGCGAAACGAGUGCUUUCAACACUUGGAAAGACGUGAUUAUCCCAGGCAACAUCGACAACGACAUACUUCUCCAAGGCUCGGCCAUACAGCAGUUUAUCAAGCCGCUACCUCUGGCCAAGAGGAAUUACCUCGCUAACUACUUUGGACGUGCACAGAACAAAACUGGACGCCUCAAGCUUUUGAAGCUCGCGAAAUUGUACCCCGACGAGCUAGAGGCGCCGGACUUAACAUUCUCAGCCUCAUCCAAGCUUGAGCGAAAGGAAUACUUCCGCCACCUUCGCAAUGCCAAGUUUUGCUUGUCACCGCGUGGAGAGUCGUCAUGGACGCUGCGCUUCUUCGAGUCCUUUUUUGUGGAGUGCGUUCCAGUGAUUCUCUCCGACAGAAUCGAGCUCCCUUUCCAGAACGUCCUGGACUACAGGAAAUUCUCGAUCAAGUGGCCGAGCAGCCGAACCGACGAGCAGCUCCUGGACUAUCUUCGCUCCAUUCCAGACUAUGAGAUCGAGGCGAUGAUCUCUCGCGGCCGGAGCGUCCGGUGCCUGUGGCUCUACGUUGGAGAGUCGCACGCUUGCUCGGCAAUGACGGGAAUCUUGUGGGAACUCCAACGCAAGUCCAGGCGUUUUCAUCAAUCGCAAGACACGUUUUGGCUUCACAACCAAACUCUAGUGGACGAGGAUCUCAAUGCGAUCAAGUAACAUACAGAAAAAUAGAGUAAGACCUGAAAAAAGAUUAGAAAACUUGGCCCAACUAAUAAUCCAGCUACCCUUCCGGUCAGCUCAUUCGCAUCAGAUUAAAAGGUUUUUUAACUUUUCUCAUUC